UUCAUGAACCCGAUCGGGCCGAGUUUGGAUGGGUGUUCCGGGUCGGGAUCGAGGACAUGGAUCUCUACUUGGGGCCCAAGGCUCCAUAUCCAAGCUCGCUUUUCCGUUCCCUUCCUUUCCAUGCCUUUCGUUUCCCUCACCUUCCUUUUCCGACGAAACAAACACUAUGCUCGUAAGCAGAGCUCCAGAGCUGUCACUCUUCACGUUCUCUCUCCUCUCGAACUCCAACCCUAACCCUAACCCUAAACCCAGCAAAUUCAUCUCCAUUCCCAUGCGCACAGCCCUCACAAUCCUCCGCUCUCUCGCUCCCUCCCUCCACCACUACCACCAUCACCGCCGCCUCCUCCGCUCCAUCUCCCUCCCCAUUCUCUCCUUCUCCGGAACCCCCACCCGCCGACUUUCUUCAUUUGCGCCGCCCUCGGCAGCGCCGUUGAGUACUUUCGUCGAACAUUUGGCGGACGAAACCGAUUCCAACGCGGUCCGAGAAAACUCGGACUUCUCACGGAACAGAGAAGACGAAAGCUUCAACUUUGAUGUAUCUUUCGAGUCGACUGAAUUGAAGAACUUGAAUUCGCCGCCGCUCGAGGUUCGGGAGUUGGAGGAGCUUCCGGAGCAGUGGAGGCGGACGAAGUUGGCUUGGCUGUGCAAGGAAUUGCCUACGCAUAAGGCUGCGACGCUGAUUCGGAUACUGAAUGCACAGCGAAAAUGGAUUCGGCAAGAAGACGCGACCUAUUUGGCGGUUCAUUGUAUGCGAAUUCGCGAGAACGAGACUGGUUUUAGGGUAUACAAAUGGAUGAUGCAACAACAUUGGUUUCAAUUUGAUUUUGCUCUUUCUACUAGGCUAGCAGAUUUCAUGGGCAAGGAGCGAAAAUACAUAAAAUGUCGGGAGAUAUUUGAUGACAUAAUCAAUCAAGGACGAGUGCCUAGUGAAUCGACCUUUCAUUUUUUGAUUGUUGCCUAUCUUAGUUCGCCAGUUCAAGGUUGCCUAGAGGAAGCAUGCAGUAUUUACAAUCGCAUGAUUCAAUUGGGAGGCUACAAUCCCCGACUUAGCUUGCACAAUUCUCUUUUCAAAGCCCUUGUAAGCAAACCAGGAGGCUUUUCUAAACACUAUCUCAAACAGGCAGAGUUUAUAUUUCAUAAUUUGGCAAGUUCUGGACUUGAGAUACACAAGGAUAUUUAUGGGGGUCUAAUUUGGAUUCAUAGUUACCAAGAUACCAUAGAUAAAGAGAGAAUAGCAUCAUUAUGGGAAGAGAUGCAGGUAGCUGGAAUUGAAGAGAGCAGAGAAGUGCUUGUGUCCGUAUUGAGAGCUUGUUCUAAGGAAGGGGAUGUGCAGGAAGCUGAAAGAACUUGGCUGAAACUCCUCCAUUGUGAUGGUUCUCUCCCUUCUCAAGCUUUUGUGUAUAGAAUGGAAGUUUAUGCAAAGGUUGGGCAACGUCUUAAAUCUUUGGAGCUAUUUAGAGAAAUGCAGGAGCAGUUAGUUUCCACCAGUGUAGUGGCGUAUCACAAAAUCAUAGAGGUGUUGUCUAAAGGUCUAGAAAUGGAACUGGCAGAGUCCCUCAUGAAAGAGUUCAUGGAGAGCGGUUUGAAGCCCCUAAUGCCAUGUUUUAUUGAUCUAAUGGACAUGUACUUGAGUUUGGAUCUACAUGAUAAAUUGGAGUCAACUUUCUCCCUGAGCCUUGAGAAAUGCCGUCCCAAUCGAACUAUUUAUAACAUAUACUUAGAUUCAUUGGUAAAAAUAGGCAAUAUUGAGAAGGCCGAAGAAAUCUUCAACCAAAUGGUUAGUAAUGGGGCAAUUGGUGUUAACAGCAGAUCAAGUAACACUAUUUUAAGUGGUUACCUGUCUAGUGGAGAUUAUGUGAAAGCAGAAAAGACAUAUGAUUUCAUGUGCCAGAAAAAAUAUGACAUAGAAUCCCAAUUGAUGGAAAAGCUUGAUUAUGUGCUGAGCUUGAGCAGGAAAGUUGUCAAGAAACCCAUAAGCUUGAAGUUCAGCAAGGAGCAGCGAGAGAUUUUGGUGGGGUUGCUGUUAGGUGGGUUGCGCAUUGAAUCAGAUGAGGAGAGAAAAAAUCAUGCAAUCCGUUUCGAGUUCGGUGAGAAACUUGAAAUGCAUUCUAUAUUGAAAAGACAUAUACAUGACCAGUACCAUGAGUGGUUAGCUCAUUUCAGUAAGCCAAUUGAAGACAGUGAUGACAUACCAUACCAGUUUAUUACAAUCAAGCACUCUUAUUUUGGCUUCUACGCAGAUCAGUUCUGGCCAAAAGGCCGACUUGUGAUUCCAAAGCUAAUUCAUCGGUGGUUGUCACCACGGGUUCUUGCAUACUGGUAUAUGUUUGCGGGCUACAGAACAUCAUCAGGGGAUAUUUUGUUGAAGUCAAAAGGAAGUCAAGAGGGUGUUGAGAGGAUCGUGAAAGCAAUGAAGGCAAAAUCUUUGGAUUGCAAGGUUAAAAGAAAGGGGAGAGUAUUUUGGAUAGGUUUUCUUGGAAACAAUGCAACGUGGUUUUGGAAACUCGUAGAACCAUACAUUCUAGAUGAUUUGAGAGAUUUUCUAGAAGCAGAUAGCAAAUCCUUGGACAGAAUGUCAGAAACCCAAGCCGUUAAUUUUGAUAGUCGGUCUGAUUCUGACGAGGAGGCAUCCAAAUACAGCAAUCAUGAUAAUUCAUAAGACUUCUUGUUUAGUGAUCUAUGCCCUGUUAGCGUGGUUUUUUCCACAGGUUAAUGCUUUUGAGGCCUCCCAAACAACUGUCUAGAUUGUCCAGGAUGGCAUCUCUAUGUAGAUACUCCACUGCAUACAGUUAGAACAUGCUAUUUAUUUAGUUAAACUAAUGAAUGAAGGAUCAUGUUAUUAUUUUCAUACUUGGUUUGUCGCAACAAUCAUAUCAUAAAUUUUUUCCUUGGUUGAAUA